CUAGUAAAGACUGAUGUGGCACGACUAAAGUAGCAUUGAUUUUGCAGUAUUUUAAUGAAAACUGAUAUUCUUUAUUAUAAUCUUAACGAUGUAUUUAGAGAUAAGGAAAAUAAAGAAUACCUAAAAGUCAUUGAAAUUGGGAAAUAUAAGGCAAAUAAAACAUAACAAAGUAAAAACUCACCCUUUCAUCCACAUGAUGGCGCUGGAAACCGCAAGUUUGGUGGUUGGCUUCUCCCCCCCGCCCCUUUCCCAAUAAAGGAAUACAGUGUGUUAGUUUAUUUUCCUUAGAAAGGAAAAGGCUACUCCUUUUUUUACUCUGAUGCUGAGGCUGAAAAGGUGAGCAAAUAAAAAAUUAUAGCAAAUUGGGAAUUAGGUUUACAAAAGCUAUCGUGUGGUAGUGCAAUAGACAUUUAAAAAUUGCAACGAAUUUGCGAUGGUAUAUUCCCAGAGAAGAAGUCCAGGUUCCCGGCGCCUGCUGCUCUCGCUUCUGCUCCUCGCAGUCUGGGAAGCUGGGAGCGGCCAGGUCCACUACUCGGUCCCGGAAGAGGUCAAACACGGCACCUUCGUGGGCCGCAUCGCCCAAGACCUGGGGCUGGAGCAGGCGGAGCUGGUGCCGCGCCUUUUCCGAGUGGCGUCCAAAGGUCAUAGAGACCUUCUGGAGGUAAAUCUGCAGAAUGGCAUUUUGUUUGUGAAUUCUCGGAUCGACCGGGAGGAGCUGUGCGGGCGGAGUCUGGAGUGCAGCAUCCACCUGGAGGUGAUCGUGGACAGGCCGCUUCAGGUUUUCCAUGUAGAGGUGGAGGUGAAGGACAUUAACGACAACCCGCCAAGGUUUUUCCGACAGGAACAAAGAUUAUUUAUUUUAGAGUCAAGAACAGUGGAUUCCCGGUUUCCGCUAGAGGGCGCAUCUGAUAUGGAUGUCGGAGCAAACGCAGAAUUGAGAUACAAAUUAAAUCCUAAUGAAUAUUUUGAUUUGGAUGUUAAAGCAAAUGAAGAAGAAACAAACAUUUUAGAGCUGGUCUUAAAGAAAGCAGUAGAUCGAGAAGAAAUCCAGGAACAUCUUUUAUUACUGACUGCAAUUGAUGGAGGAAAACCUGAACUAACAGGUACAGUUCAAUUAUUGAUCAACGUAUUGGAUGCGAAUGAUAAUGCCCCCAAAUUUGGUAAAUCAGUUUAUAAUAUCAGAUUAUUAGAAAAUGCACCGAAUGGGACAUUAGUUAUUAAACUGAAUGCCUCAGAUGCAGAUGACGGCAUUAAUAAGGAAAUAGUAUACCUCUUUAGUGAUCUUGUUCUUGACAAUGUCAAAUCUAAAUUUAUAAUCGAUUCGAAUAAUGGGGAAAUAACAGUUAAGGGAGAACUGGAUUACGAAGACUGUAAUUUAUAUGAAAUUAAUAUUGAUGCUGUAGAUAGAAGUCCAUUCCCAUUAACUGGACACUGCAAAGUAAUAGUAAAACUCCUAGAUGAGAAUGAUAAUACCCCAGAGAUGGUCAUAACUUCCAUAUCUCUGCCGGUCCAAGAGGACGCUUCAGUGGGGACUGUCAUCGCCCUGAUCAGUCUGUCCGACCGCGACUCUGGUCUCAAUGGGCAGGUGACCUGCACCCUGUCACCCCGCGUUCCCUUCAAGCUGGUGUCCACCUUCAAAAACUACUAUUCGCUGGUGCUGGACAGCGCCCUGGACCGAGAGAGCGUGGCGGACUAUGAGCUGGUGGUGACAGCACGAGACGGGGGAUCGCCUUCGCUGUCCACCACAGCUAGCAUGUACGUUGAGGUGGCGGACGUGAACGACAACGCGCCGGCAUUCGCGCAGCCCGAGUACACGGUGUUCGUGAAGGAGAACAACCCGCCCGGCUGCCACAUCUUCACGGUGUCUGCGCGGGACGCCGACGCGCAGGAGAACGCGCUGGUGUCCUACUCGCUGGUGGAGCGGCGCGUGGGCGAGCGAGCGCUGUCGAGCUACGUGUCGGUGCACGCGGAGAGCGGCAAGGUGUACGCGCUGCAGCCGCUGGACCACGAGGAGCUGGAGCUGCUGCAGUUCCAAGUGAGCGCGCGCGACGCGGGCGUGCCUCCCCUGGGCAGCAACGUGACGCUGCAGGUGUUCGUGCUGGACGAGAACGACAACGCGCCCGCGCUGCUGCCGCGGCCGGGGGCGGGCGGCGGCGGCGGCGGCGCUGUGAGCGAGCUGGUGUCGCGGUCGGUGGGCGCGGGCCACGUGGUGGCGAAGGUGCGCGCGGUGGACGCCGACUCUGGCUACAACGCGUGGCUGUCGUACGAGCUGCGGCCGGCGGCGGGUGGCGCGCGCAGCCCGUUCCGCGUGGCGCUGUACACGGGCGAGAUCAGCACGACGCGCACCCUGGACGAGGCGGACUCGCCGCGCCAGCGCCUGCUGGUGCUGGUGAAGGACCACGGCGAGCCGGCGCUCACGGCCACGGCCACUGUGUUGCUGUCGCUGGUGGAGAGCGGCCAGGCGCCCAAGGCGUCGUCGCGGGUGCUGGCGGGCGCCGCUGGCGCCGAGACGGCGCUGCUGGAUGUCAACGUGUACCUGAUCAUCGCCAUCUGCGCGGUGUCCAGCCUGUUGGUGCUCACGCUGCUGCUGUACACGGCGCUGCGCUGCUCGGCGCCGCCCGCGGAGGGCGCGUGCGCGCCUGGGAAGCCCACGCUGGUGUGCUCCAGCGCGGUGGGGAGCUGGUCGUACUCGCAGCAGAGGCGGCAGAGGGUGUGCUCCGGGGAGGGCCCGCCCCCGGCCCCGCCCCCGCCCCCGCCCAAGACCGACCUCAUGGCCUUCAGCCCCAGCGUACCUCAGGGUCCCAGCUCUGCAGGCACUGUGAGUCUCAAAAAUAAUUUUCACAAUAAUUUUCGUUUUAAAUCUUUAAUAUUUAUUAUUUCCCUCCAUCUUUUUUAUCUUUAAUUAUGUUUUUUUUUUUGUUCUUGAGAGUGAAUGAGUUUAUCAGCUCUUUCCUGAGAACAGUUUUUCAGAAAGAGGGUGAAGGGGUGCACAAAACGGCACCGAGCUCCUGGC